UCAAGGGAGCGAUUCGAGCAGUGGUACAGAAGCAGCUGAACCUAGUCAGAGCAGACAAGACCUGUGUGAGCGACGUUACCUGUGCUCCAGUGCUCGUUUAUAGCUCUAGCCCUCAACUGUUGCCAGCAUCAGGAAAUAUCUUCGUGCAUCUGUCAUCACUGUCGUCCAG